GUUACAGGGUUGCCCAAAAGUAGUGAGUUUACUGGUAAACGGUGGAUAGUACUAUGUUCCUCGUAUGGUGGUUGGGAUAAUUAUUUGUUCCAGGCAAAUGUAUACCACGCGUACCACAUGUUCAUAAACCAUGGCAUACCUGCGGAGAACAUAAUUAUUAUGCACACUGAUGACCUAGCUAAUAAUAAGCUAAACCCCACACCAAACAUUGUUAUCAAUAAGAUCAAUGGCCCUGAUGUCUACCACGGUGUACCCAAGCAUUAUAUCAAAAAUGAUGUUACUCCAAAGAACUUUUUAGGACUCCUUAAGGGAGACCCUGAGCUAAAAGCUGCCGGAAAACGAGUGGUAGAAAGUGGACCUGAUGACCAUAUAUUUGUUUAUUUUACUGAUCAUGGUGGUCAAGGUUUUGUACGAUUUGAGACCGAGUUACUUUAUGCUACAGAUUUAGUGAAUGUACUUCAGAAAAUGCACCAGGAUAAGAGAUAUGCAAAAAUGUUGUUUUAUUUAGAGGCUUGUGAAGCAGGAUCUAUGUUUGAUAAAGUAUUACCAAAUAAUAUUGAUGUAUACGCAGUGGCGUCAUCUAAGCCUGAUCAAUUAAGUUGGCAAUGUUGCUACGAUUAUCACCGUAAGGCUAUGGUAGGUGGUCACUUUAGUAAUUACUGGUAUAUGGAUAGUGAGAUCAAAGAUUUUAAUACGGAAACUAUCGAGACACAAUUCAAAUACCUAGCAUCUCAUAAACAUAUCCAGGGUCUAAUUGUAGCAAAUGGUACCCUGGAGGAGGCUCAACAUUACGGAAAUUUAUCGAUAGGUCAAAUGCUACUAGCUGAUUUUUUUGGUCCUAAACAGGUGUCAAAUGCAACUAUUGUACAUAGGUCACAUAAUAAAUGCGAGUACGUGUCCAUGAAUGACGUGGCAAUAAAAUUAGCCAAAAUAAAUGUUAAAACAGCAACGAGUGUUAGCGAGAAAAUACGAUAUACCCAUGAAUUAAAACAAGUUUUAUGGGGCCGACAGUAUGCGGACAAACAUUUGCGUCAAUACCUACAGAGCAUUGAGGGAUUGACCGGAUUGGGAGCUAAUGUUAUAUUGAAUACCAAACUUGAGGUCAAUAAUAGGGACUGUUAUCACAAGUUUGUCCAAGCAUUUAAUGAUAAGUGUUUUAAUUUGGCACAGUCGGAUUUGGAAGAGACAUUCACAGCAUAUGGGCUCAACAAUGGACUUCAUUCGCAGCGCCUGUAUGUCCACUAUAUGCAGUUAUGGACAAAACUAUUGGGCGAAUGGUUCAAUAUUGUGCUGGAUAUUCAAAUAAAA